AUGGGCAACAUGGCCCGCAACAUGGCCCGCAACAUGGCCCAACCCAAGACGAACGUAGAAGGCAUUGCCAAGGAGUGGGAUGACAACAAUGAGCUACGAGAUAGGCUCAGAGAGGGGGGAACUGUCUUGACGGCCAAUCCCUCUGCCCAAGAUAUCUCCACGUGUACCAGGAACAGAGGAAUCCUGGACCCUUUGCUUGCCAGAAUGUCUGUGGAUCCAAAGCGAACAGUUCCGAACAUCGACCAGUUAAAAGAUGAAAUUGAGGACCUCUUGAAAAGGAGUAAACAUGCUUUGGAUGAAGGUGGUGUUGACAUUCCCAAGACAUCUUGGGCCAUCCGCAAGUUAUGUGGAUUCAUAAAAGCGAAAGCCCGGCGCCGAGAGGUUUCAACAGAAGAAGUGGACCGGGUCAACGAGAGGGUGAAGCAGAGGCUCAGAAAAAAGGGUCGCAAGGACUGGGAAGAUUCAGUCGAUGAUGAUGAAGAUGCUUGGGACGAUUCCGAGGAUGAGGAGUCAAGAAAAGACGCAGCCAAGACUGCAGGUCCCAGCCAGCCCAAGGUUGAGAAGGUUCUCAAGCUGAUCUCCUACAAAAGCGUCAAGAGGCUACGCAAGAAAAAGGACAUGGAUCUUAAGCCCAGACCUCCUGCAACUCCCCAGCAAGCAGGAGUUGAGAAGAAACCUAAGCCCUCCAUCCCUGCAGACAACUUGGAGACCCAGCCAGUUGAUGUUACAGUGCUCACACCUCCACUGGAGCCUGCUGUUCCUCUGGAGAACUCACCUGAGAGAACUGUAUCCCAAAAACGUGAUGCAUACCAAAAGGUUUACAGGGAUGAUGAAGGUAGAACCCUCGAGUUGGGAAAGUCAGGGCCAGGAUCUGUGCCAGGGAAGGCCAUGGUCACCAAUGGCACUCCCAAGGAAACGGAGGAGAAGUUCACUGAUGAGGAGUGUGAAGAACAUGUGUCAAGGCGAGAUCAGCUAAGUUUGGCUCCGCGAGGACGGGGCAGAGGUCGUGGGAGGGGAAGAGGAGCUCCAGCGAAAGAAGGUGGGGCAGGUGAGAACAGGAAGGAGAGUAGAAAACGCAAGAAGACAAAGGAAGCUGAGACAGUAGAGUAUGAGGAGUUCUGGACGGAAGACAUGUGUCAAGAAUGGCAAAAAUGGAUUUAUGAAGGGUGCUGGUACAACGAACAUCAAGAGGAUUCUGAAAAAAUGAAUGUCCAUGAUGAGGCGUCCAAAAACUUUGAUAGGUAUGCGCACUUGGCUGGCAAGGCAGCCAUGCACCACCUAGGAGCACAUGCAGCCAGCAAAACUAGCAGUGCAAAGAAGGAUGCAGACAAGAACAGCAACUCGAACAAGGACGAAGACAACAUGGCAGGCAAGAAAGUGAAAAAGGUCAAGGGAAAACAUGAUGACCAGGCAGAGGAGAAAUCGAAAAAGCGAAAAUCUGAAACUGAAGCGCUGCCAGAGCCAUCUGAGAAACAUGUUUGCCCAACUACUGAAAAGGACCAAGUUAAGGCAAUCACGAAGUAUUUGAAAGCUAUCCAGAAAAUGGACAUCGAAAACCCCCAGAACCCCACGGAUGGAGAAAAAAAACCUUCGGGAAGGGUUGCUCCCCCCUAA